AUGGAGACGAUGGAGCAACAAAGACAUUCACUCUCUUCUUUGCCUAUGCUCUCUAGGCUUGAUCACUUAGAUUUCGUUAUAAAGAAUCUAGAAAAACAGCAAAACCUUCCGAAAUGGAAAGAUGAAAGCGCGACUGCCACACGCGGAUUGAUCGAUAGAGGAACUGCGAUUAGAGAAGCGUAUUUCAAAGGAUCGUUACUAGAUAGAAUCGCGGCUUUGGAGACAAGACUUUUUCAGGUAUAUAUAUUGUUUCACAAUAGAUUUAUGACAACAACAAAAGAACUACAAUAUGUUUGGAGUUGGAAUCGAGCAGUGCAUCUUCUACUUCGACUGGAGGAUCUGGUGAAACAUCAAGCCAAAGGAUUAAGAGAGAUUUGA